AUGCUGAAAUAUCAAGGGAAGGAGAUAACGGCAACAGACAGAGCUUAUGAAGCUCUGCUAAUGAAAAAUGCAGACGACAAAGAUGUGAACGCCGGGAAAUUCGUUGAGAGCUUGAAGCCAAAAUAUAGUGUUGUAGUAGUCACCACGGCUUGCUUGAUUUACAACGCAACAGGAAACAGAUUAACAUAUGUUGGGUCCCAUGAUUGGCAAGGGCAUAUUGGGGAUUCUCCAUACCCAUUGGUGCUCGAAAAUGGUCAAUCGGGUGCAUUUCUUCAUGUCCAGAGUAUUCCAUCAUUUACUGGAUCCAUUGGAGCCACCAUAUAUCGUGGCCAGGAUGAGAAUGGAGAUGCUUCUGACUGGAUGUUGGCUUGGUACAAUCCAUGGGAUAGAGCGCUCGACCACAACCGUGUAUGUACUGAGAUUCGUGUAGCUGAUCACUGCAAGGGAAUUGAUUGGAGCAGUAUUUAUGAUAAUAAGUUAAGCAAGUUUGACCAAUAUAGCAACGAAACGUGGAACGGAUGCUAUUCAAGUGUGAUUACCGGCUACUCUGAUGUUAUAGAUGUGAACACGGCCAAUAGGAUUUGUCCUAUAUUUGAGGGAAUAAUGACUCUUAAAAAUGCUUGGAUGCAAUGA